UGCCCUUCCCAGGGGAGACAAAACGUCAAAACACUUUCCUUGUUGGGGGCUGCCCUUGUGUGUACAAACAGUGGAUCCGGAAUAUUUUUUUUUUGUUAGUUUUUAAUAAGUGGUGCAGACCAUAAAAGCUGUAUAUACAUGUAUACAUUUAAAUGAAGCUACAAAGCUUUAUUUCCAGAAAAAAGGAUUGUUAUAGAUUUUUAUAUUAAAGCAUUUGUGGACAGGCUGUUAUAAAUAGCCUGACAAUACAUUCUCCGAAACUCAUAAGUGAUUGCAAAUCACUUUUUAUCGGGACAGAUCCAUUACAUAACUCAGAAUGACAUCACGUGUUUCAUUGCUAAUACUUGGUCUACUUUCCUGCUAUAAGGUAGCAAGCUACGACCCGAACGACCGACUACACCUGACGCCAUACAUACGUCAAGGAAACAUUACUACAGCCCGGGAACUAAGCUCGGUGACAUACAGAGAUGACAAUGUGGCCACUAGCCACUCUGGCUUCAUUACUGUCGACGAAAGACUCGGGAAUCAUUUGUUCUUCUGGUUUUUCCCGGCAAUCAACUCCAACCCUCGUGCACCGCUGGUAGUAUGGCUGAACGGGGGACCAGGCGAGCCGUCUAUGCUGGGGUUGUUUCACGAGAACGGGCCGUUAAGAUUACAGCCGAAUGGUAACGGAACUUUUAUGCUCAAAAUAUGGAACGGCUCUUGGGCCGAGACAUUUUCAAUGUUGUAUAUCGACAAUCCAGUAGGAGUUGGUUAUAGUUACAGUGACAGCGGAGAGAUUGGCUGUAGAACAACGCAAGAAGGCUACUCUAAAGAUCUGUAUGAAUUUAUUCAACAAUUCUACAUCAUGUUUCCAGAAUACUUGCAAAGAGAGCUUUACAUUGGUGGGCAAUCGUAUGCUGGGAAAUAUGUGACUUCAUUAGCAAGUCGCUUGCACAAGCAGAUCUUGAAUAAAAAGUCAAACAUUCCUUUGACAGGAAUUUACCUCGGCGCUCCGUUUAUUGACCCGUAUUCUCAGAGUAAGGCCAUGAGUGGUUAUUUCUACUCCAGCGGGGCCAUUUCUUUAAGACAACAUAGAGACCAUCAGAAGCUCGUGGACAGCAUUUUUGAUCAACUCCGCGUGAGACAGAUCUCUGCAGACCAGGCUGUAACCACAUUGCUCAUGAACAAUUCCAUCGUGGGCUUGUGGGCGAACAAUUACAACGCAAGGUCUGUUACUCCGUACGAAGAGUUAUGGUACCUUAUGAAUACUCCCGCGAUGAGGACUCUAGUCCACGCUGGGAACACCACGUUCGUCAUUGGGGACGACGGCUUCAGGGCGAAGUUUAACGUGGACUGGACGAAGAGCGUCAAAGCGGAGCUGGCCGUCCUGCUCAACACUUACAAGGUACUCAUCUACAAUGGAGAUUUGGACGCCGUGGUUAGCUCGGUUAUGGUGGACGCCGCGCUGGCGGUGACGCGCUGGUCGCUCAAGGACCGCUACGGAGAAUCAGUGAGGGAUGUUUGGACCGACGGCUACAAAUUAAAAGGGUUUUUCACCUGGACCGGAAAAUUUUGCCGCGUGGUCAUUCACGGAGCAGGACAUAACGCACCUUAUGACCAGCCAGUACUAUCUCUAGACAUGAUGAGCCAGUUUAUCAAAAAUGGAUGCAUUCAGAAUGAACACAUUUUGCUUUAGUUUUUCUUUUUGUAGCUUUUUAUAUUCGUUAAUCUUUGAUAGCAAGCAUUGAUACUUUUUGUUAUUAUUAUAAUUAUUAAACGACUAUCUCUUCUUGUUAUUAUUAUAAAAAGUAAAUUUUCCUUUCAGACCUUGUGAUCUAUAGAACAGAUGAUGUAAAUAUCAUCUAUGGCUGACUGUUAACGAGGGUGUCGCGUGGGCAUCACAACGACCAACCACCUUUACUUUUUCCAUCUAAUGCCAGGUACCCAUCAGAGUUGGAUGGACUCCGAGGCGUCCUAAAAGUUUUUUUUUAAUUUGAAAUCCCAGUCUACAGCGAGGGUCGAAUCCGAGACCCCUCUGUUCGGAAACCAAGCGCUUUACCACUCUACCACCAUGCAUCCAACAUUAAGUGUAAGAUCAAAUCAUAAAAGAAAAAGAAUUUUUUUGUGUAUCUUAUUGAUCGUUCUAUUUUAAAACAUUCCUAGCUACCUAUCAGUAUUUUGUCUCAUUAGAAUGAGUUUAGAAAGUAGUUAAUGCAAUAUUUCAAUUACCAAAAGUAAACAAACUUGUGAGACAAAUGUACAGCCCAAAUAAAACGUUGUAUUAGCAAUGCCUGUACUUCAAUGUCUCGUCUUUCAAGUGUAUGUCAAAUCGCCUAUGUUAUUAACAUCUUUCAAGAGGGUUUAGUACAAUGCUAAGAAGGUCAAGUGAAAUUGUUUUACUCUCACACAUUCUUAAAUAGAAAAUAACAAAAUGAACUCUUUUACUUGUUGUUAUUUAAAUGUAAUCUGCGAAAAAUUCAUAAACAUUACCAUAUUGUUAUUGUAGUCAAUUUGUGGAAUAAGGUCAAGUUAAUUAUAACGAAAUGAAAGGUGUGAUUUUUUUCCCUCUAAUGUCUAUAAGAUUGAACUGAUGAACGGUGUGCAAUAGAAGUCUAUGUUCUAAUAUGACUUUAGUUAUGUAUGAAUGAAAUGUAAAGCUAAAACAUGGAGCGUGUUUGUUGUACAGUGUAACUGUAAACGGCAAUCAACAAUUAAGAUAAGAUAAGAUAAUUGUAUGUAAAUAUCAUGCGACUUGUCAUUAUGAAUAAAAGCUGCUGUAUAUUAUGUAAUUAUAAAGUAAAAUACUGUAAAAUAAAACGGAA